CUCUCUUUCAAGGCGGCAUUAUACGGUUUCUAACAAUAUUCGUUGAUAGAGGGACAAUGUCGUAUCCAUCAAACCGACCACGCCAUCUCAACGACACAAAAAGUGCUGAAUAUGGAUUGCUAAAGGUUAUUAUGUUGAAAAGGUAGCCACCUCCAGGAACAACAAAAUGAGGUACGACGGUGGCGAAAUCCAUCAAUCCACAGCAGCGCUCCAUCUGCCAUGACCGACCCAAGUUGCGGCGAACUCUCCACGCGGCGGUGUCGAUCCGGCUCGAUCGGGGAAAAGGUCGACGUCCGGGAAGUCCUCAACGGCAGCGUGUCGUUCCGUCUGCAGUUCAUGGAAGAUACGAGGGCCAAAGAGCUCAAGUGGGUUCUUUUCACGGAAGGCCGACGCGGUGCCGUCGGCAAACUCAUCUUCACGCUGGAAGCGGGUAAUUCUGCUCACAUCAAAGUCAUCGACAUCCAUCCGAACUACCGUCGCCUCGGAUUGUCAAAGGUGCUGUUCUUGGCGUGCAUGGCCACAUUGAAGCAGCGCAACAUCCACGAACUGUGUCUUGAAGCAGAAGAAGACACCCGCCGGUGCGUGAUCCUUGCGCUGCCCCUUCGUCGUCAUGACUCGACCACCGCAUCGUAGGCACCGCAAACUCGUGUCCUUGUACGAGGAAUGGGGCUUCUCCGUCAAACAGAACGCCAAGAUUUUGUUUCUAUACAACGACACGGAGAGCUUUCGCAAGGUGCCGAUGGCACUGUCCUUAUCCGCCAAACCGUUUGUCCCGCUCGAGCCGACAUGCAACCAGUCGUUCUGCAUGAUCUCGCUGCGCACCGUGGACGGGAUGUUCGUUGUUGCAACCGAAGAUGGGAUGAUCGACACGACGAAGGGCGCGUCACGCGAUGUGUUCUGGCAAAGCCUGCUGCUCGACGACGGUGCGACCGAUGCCAACCCGGCAGAGGCCACCGGAAGCGGUAAAGGCAGCACGAUUUGCUUGCGCAGCGCCUACGGCAAGUUUCUGUGCGUGGAACCCGUCGGAACCGUCCUCGCCGACCGAUUUGUCAAUUCAACCUGGGAAACUUUCGACGUGCUGCCGCAUCCCACGGGAGGCGGGGUGUCCCUGCGCAGCUUCCACGGCAACUUCCUCGGCCUUGACCCGUCCAACGGCGGCCUUGCAAUCUCGCAGGACCCCGUCGCGUGGGACGGCGACGCCAUCAACCUCAUGUGCAACAAAGCAAAUCCAACGCCACUCCACGUCAAGAUCAUGCGAAAGCACCAAACAAUGGCGUUCGCGUUGGCUCAGCGCAAGCGCUUGGUCGAUCCAUUGCACCACGGCAGCAUGACCCUCGUGGAAGCGUGCCAGACCCUCAUGCAACUCAUCGGAGAAAGCACUCGACAGGUUAGCGGGAGCAAAGUGCUGGCAUCCAUGGUGCACGACGCGGACGUGGUUCGACGGAAUGGCCACCCCGAUUGGUUGCAACUCGCCACGUUCCUGCGCGGCCUCGGCAUGCUCUUUCUCCUGUGGACAGACGACGACGCAAUGCCGCUGCGAGGCAUCUCGUACGACCAAUGGCUCCGCCACACCGACACGUGGGUGCUGGGAAGGCCGAUUCCAGAAUCCAUCGCGCACGCCAACUUGAACGACCUCAACACCGACAACUCAACACAUCGUCCGCCGACAGAGGGACAGCGGGGCAUGGCACACGUGAAUAUGCCGUGGACGCCCGACGAAUACUUGUACCAUGUUCUUGAAGGGAACCACACGACGUUGCCGCGCGAAGCUGCCGAUGUCAUUCGAUACUUCUCCUGCCGAGUCUGGUACGUGCACGAUGCGUACCCCGACGUCGAGUCGGCGGCAGACUUGGCGGUCAAGGAACUGGUACGACUAGUUGCUUCAUGACGUGAUUGUGAUGCAUGCCCGUGUAGUUGUUUGCACUGCACACGGAUCGCCAAGUGCCGACGGCAGACGCCCUCGCCGCCAUCGACGUCGACGAGAGCUUGGCGUAUUACCUGUCCCUCGGCGCCAAGUACCUCCCAACGGUGCUGCAGUGGUAAUGGAACCGUGACUUGGUCGUUAGAAGUUAUCGUUAUCCCACUUUUGGGUGUGGUGUUUUGUAUCAAUUUGUUCUUUUUUCUUCGCUUUUCGGCGACAAAAUGUGAUACAAAAUGGAAAAGUGAUACUCGA